AUGGAAGCGCCCACAACGCUGCGCACAUAUCAGUACAGUCAGCUUUCUCCUGUGGAGAUGAAGCAAGUGUUAGCAAGGCCUCGGGUUGACUUCACGUCCAUACUCAACACGGUGGCCCCAAUCGUUGAAAAUGUCCGCACAAACGGUGACGAUGCCGUUCGGGAAUACACAGCGAAGUUUGAUCGCGUUCAGCUUGAUACAGUAUGCGUGCGGAUUGAGGAGCUUCCCGACCCUGUACUCCCGGCUGAGGUGACGGCCGCCUUCGACGUUGCCUACAACAAUAUUAGGGCAUUCCAUCAGGCGCAGCAAACACCGGCCAUGGAGGUGGAGACGAUGCCUGGAGUCCGCUGCAGGCGGGUGACCCGGCCCAUCAACUCAGUGGGUGUGUAUGUGCCCGGUGGCACUGCUGUACUGCCCAGCUCCGCACUCAUGUUGUCAGUGCCGGCGGCGUUGGCCGGUUGCGGGACGAUUGUGCUGGCCACCCCGCCACGGCCGGACGGCACCAUCACCCCGGAGGUGCUGUACUGCGCCAAGAAGGCGGGCGUGACCCACAUCCUGAAAGCGGGCGGAGCGCAGGCUGUAGCCGCCAUGGCCUGGGGCACUGCCUCAUGUCCCAAAGUGGACAAGAUCCUGGGCCCCGGCAACCAGUACGUCACCGCCGCGAAGAUGCUGCUGCAGAACUCGGAGGCCAUGGUUUCCAUCGACAUGCCCGCGGGCCCCUCCGAGGUCCUGGUGAUCGCGGACUCCGGGGCCUCCCCCGCUCAUGUGGCAGCUGACCUGCUGUCGCAGGCGGAGCAUGGACCGGACAGCCAGGUGGUGCUGGUGGCCCUCCCCGGAGUGGACCUGGCGGCUGUGGCUGCCGAGGUGGACCGCCAGUGCUCCGCCCUGCCACGUAACGAUACGGCACGUAAGGCCCUCAGCCACAGCUAUGCCGUAUGUUCCCGGGACGAGGCCAUUCGGUUCUCCAACAUGUACGCCCCGGAGCACCUCAUUGUGAAUGUGGAGGACGCGGAGGACUGGCUGCCGGGACUGGAUAAUGCAGGCUCGGUUUUCCUGGGCCGCUGGACGCCAGAGUCCGUGGGUGACUACGCCUCCGGAACCAACCACGUGCUGCCGACGUACGGAUACGCGCGCAUGUACAGCGGUGUGUCGUUGGACUCGUUCCAGAAGAAGAUGACGGUGCAGAACUUGUCGUACGAGGGUCUUGCGAACCUCGGGCCCAGCGUCGCCAAGAUGGCUGAGGUGGAGGGGUUGGAGGCUCACCGGCGGGCGGUGACUUUGCGGCUGGGCAUGCAGUGA